AUGUAUAACCUUACACCUAUGAUAGACCUGAUGAUCGCUCAGGUUUCCACCUACGCCAAGCACAUCCACCGCAAGAGCACUCUUGAGGCCAAAAUUCGGAACAUGUUUUUCCAUACAAAAAAGAAUUCCCGGAUUCCUCCCAAAAAGGAGUACCUACGGUGCCGUCUUAUUCGUGGCCACAAACGUAUAAAUAGACAGAUCAGCAAGAAAUCCUUGCCGAUUGGUAUUUUAAAUACCUAUGACAUCGACGACCCGUCCGCUAUCAAGCUCUGGAACAUUCUGGAGACUUGUUACUUCAAAAACCAAGAAGAAAUGGAUUUCAUCAGCAGAACAGAAAGUGGGCCAAAAACAGACGGGAUUUCCAAGCGAAAAGGAAGGAUCAAGAAUCUAGAAAAGAGCUUCAAUUUGUCCUUCUGCAAAAGGUAUUUCAGCUCCCCAGCUGUUUUGGAAUCCUUCUACUAUUAUAUUGAGCUGGUUUUUCUGAAGCUGGAGCCUGAGUUGCUGUGUAAAAAAUUCGACUUUCGAUGCUGCGAAGGUGAGCAUCAGCCAGAGUGCAUAGAAAAAUGACUGAUCUUGAAGCAUUACGUCAGAGUAAUGAUGAUUGAAGAAUUAGGCAUAAUACCUUUGCAAGAAACUGGACGGUUUCUUCCAAAUGUAUUUCAGCCUGAAGGGAAAAGUGAAGAAAUAAGUCCAAAGUGUGAGGAUAGUGAAGAUGGAGGCGAAAGUGAGUCAGCCAUGACAUGCACGACCGCCAUUGAUGAUCCUGAAAUUUUGAGUGGGCAGCUGGACUCUGUUCAAGAUAACUAA